UGUCAGAAAUCAGGGAGUGUCAGUGAACGAUCGGUAAUUGUCCACUUUUGGAUUCAGAUUCGGAGCUUUUGGAGUCCUGCUGCAGCCUCCUGAUGAUGAUCUGCAGCAACAAACAUCCGCUGGAAGAGUAGAUUAACCUCGUUCACACGUUUCCAGUCCUCAGUGGAAGUAGGAGCGAGCAGCAGCAGCAGCAGCAGCAGCAGCAGGCUGGACGCAGCUCGCUCUCUGCGCGCAAAGCCGAGCGUUCUGGACUCCUCAUCUCCACAUCCGCGUCUCCAAAACCUUCCAGGACUCAUCCCACACCCACAGGAGGUGCUUCAACUUUACUGAAUUUAACUCUGUUAUUGUGGGAGAGAGAGCUUCAUAUUCACGGGGAGGAGGAGAUUGACGAGACUUGUUCGCCCGGGAGUGAUUAGCGAUUUGUGCAAAUGAGAAAGUCUGAGAAAUGUCUUUUUCCGUGGACGACACCGUCAGCAUCCCAGCCAUAAUGCCUAGGCGAAAACAAGCGAGUGUUUGCUGCCUCCAAACAAUAUCUGGACUGACAAGAACUCAAAGAUCUCAGAGUGCUUAAAUGCCAUUCACGCCUUCUCCGAAGUAAACGCACCCACUGAGGUUUCAAACGUCACUCUUCCCUCUCUUCGCGAUCCCUGAGAAGCUCUUUCCACUCAACUUUUGACCCCUGUUGUUAUGGAGAAUCUUAGUGAACUCCAGAACCCAUUGCUGGACAAAAACAGUAAGCACAUGGUCAAUGGUUACGGGGGAGAAUUCCCAAAUAAUCAGUACCAGGAAAACAUUAUUAACUACUUUGCUGGAGGAGGUGGUGGUGGGGGUGAAGGCGGAGGAAUAGGAGGAGGGAAAGUGAGCAAUGGCAACGUGGUGAGCGGAGGAGGCUACAACACCAACGGGAAGAUGAAAUCCCAGCAGUUUUUGGAUGCCACCUCGCUGCAUCUGGCGGUGGAGGCCUUCUACAGGCCCAACUUCAUCCUGUACAAGGAGGACAGUGGCAGCAUCAAGGCGAAGGAAUACAAAAGCGAGUGCUGCGAGACCACUUUCACAGAGAAGAAGGCCAAGGAGGUGUCCAACACAGCCGGAGCUGAGACGCCCGGCACAGAGGAUCCUCAGGCCAAGUUGCUGGAGGAUGGAGAACACAUUAAGAUCCAAACUGUUUCCUACGAGGUGGAGGAGGAGGAGUAUGUGGAGUACGAGACGGAUUGUUCCAGCGACAGCGAGAGCGAAGACAACUUCAUCGUCGUCCCCCCUCGAGAUCACCUGGGCCUGGCCAUAUUCUCCAUGCUCUGCUGUUUCUGGCCUUUGGGGAUUGCAGCCUUUUAUUUCUCGCAGGGGACCACCAAGGCAGUGAACAAAGGUGACUUCCCGCUGGCCAACAUCGCCUCCCGGAGGGCUUUGUUCCUCGCAGCCCUCUCCAUCACUAUAGGCACUGGCGUCUACGUAGGGGUGGUGGUAGCUCUCAUCGCCUACCUCUCGAAACCAGGACACAUAUAGCGGCCGCACCUUUCCUUCCCCGAAUGCCUCCAGGGAGCCCAGGAAGAGAAACAGCCCCCUCUGGGGAACGUCGCUGCUCCUGCAGACGUCAAGGAAAAAGUUUUUUUCUGGGAGUGUACAGUUUCCCCCCCCCACUCCACCUUCCUUUCUUUCCAGCCUUCUCUCUCCCAACAGGCCCUCCGUCAGCCAAGAUUAGCCACAGUGACUGGAGAGAGGUCAAGCUGGAGGGCGAGGAGAGAGGGAAUGGGGAUAGCGAAACUUUGCUUUUUUUUGUUUUUUUCAUUGAGACGAAGGGUUUGAGUAAUGGCAGGAGUCCUUGUUGGAGCCCAGUUUGCAUCCCACUGACUUAAACCAUCAUCUUCUUCGUUUCCAAGAGCCCAAAUGGAAACUUUGGAGAGAACAAACUGACCCAAUAACUCAUCAUUAUUAACUAGACAAGUUUAAAGAAGGUGAAAAACCAAGUCAGAAACACUAAACUGUUGAUAUUUGAACUGCUGUUAAAAUUGGAGCCUUUCUAUGGAGUCUUGCCAUCUGUCAUGUCAGUUUGCCACCUGAGCCUUCACCAACGAAAAAUAUGAUAAAACAAGAACAAAAACACAAGAUCACAUGCACAGUUUGUUAAAUCAUGAAAAAGGAGGGCUUCUGUUUUCGGAGAAACGACAAAAAUGCAGAACUAUUGCUGAGUGUCAUCGAAAAAACACUGAAAGCUCGGAAAAAUGAUGAUAAAAUGACAUCAGGACCAGAAGAUGCUUCAUUCUGAUUGAAUUAUAUGCACUGGCAUGAAUACAAAAAUCUCAACAACGCCUGAGGAGUGUAGGUUAUCGAAGAAGGUGCCCAAAGAACUCGCAAAAUCUGCUCGUGCAGAUGCGGUUUGCCUACAUACAUCUAAAUGUGCUUUGUUUUUUCACGUUUGUCCCUUUGUGUUUCCUGCUGUCUGAAGGCAUCUUCAUUAACGUCGCUUCUGAAGUAAAAGCACAGAUGUGAGGUGGUGAGAUGGUCAGAAAUUCAGGGCAAAAUGGCUUCCCAAACAAAAAAUAUAAAUGCAGCAUCCGAGUGAAAUGAGGCAUCAGCCGUUCACAAAGGCUGGGGAAGUUAUAAAUCAGGUAGAUAAUGUCAUUAAAAGCCCUACGUAUCCUCCAGGGCUGCACAAAUAAACAGAGUGUCUCCGCCCGACAGCUCUGAAUUCAGCUGAUCAAUUAUUCUUUGCAUGACUCCGGCUAUGGCGGCAGUACACCGCUGCUGCUGCGCAUGAUUGAUUGGACUUUGAACAUGUUUUUGUCAGAUCAUAAAACAGCUUAAAUUAAAAUUGAUCUGGCUGGGAAGGGGCUCAUUUUUAUUUUCCUUUUUUUGCACAAUACUUUGGCCCACAUUCGUCUCUGUGGCUAAUAAACCAGGAUAUUUCACAUGUCUCAAUCUCCCCCAUCACAGACUCCUUACAGAUAUCCACUGAGUUUAUAUACAAAGGGCUUCUUAUUAAAUACUAGUGCGUCAGUUCGUGUUGUUAUAUUGUCGAUUGCAAGCCAGACAGAUACCGCUUCAAGCCGUGAAGCCUCAAGAGGCUACAAAAUACGCUUCCCUGCACAGGUCUUGCAUUAGUCAUACCUGACAGUUAUUGUGCACAAUUAGCUCGCCGUAAUGGCUUUUUCUGAAGGAAUGUGUAUUCUCUGGAGCAUAGCCCAAAAAUAGCACAACCACAUUAAUUUCACUAAUAAGCCACUUUCAGUGUCACCGGCUGCUGUCAAGAAACUGAAAGUAAACAAUCCCCAUCUAUAGUUGUGUGAAAAUAAAAAGAAACACACUAAUGAAGAGCAAAAUUCUUCAUAAGAUGAUGUUUAAAGUUUGCUUUGCUUGACUAAAACAGCUGCUGAGAAUGUUUUAUUUUGGAGAAACAGAUCUUAAAGAGCUGAUCAAUACAUUCGGAGCCCUGAGAUUCACCUCAUUGAGUUUCUGGUCAUCUCAUGAGCUGGUUAUUAUACUGUACAUGUUUGGUAUUUUAACCUCUGACCUCUCGUCCCAGCAGCAACUGGCGAGCUACUGACUUCCAGUGUGUCAUGACCAUCACUGUAACUAUAGUGAAAGAGCGUGUAAGUCUGCUUUCAUCACUCAGAGAAGGGUUCACCGCUGAUAGUGAUGCUUUGUGUUUUUGUAGCGUGUCAUACAAAUGCUGUGUUUUUCCUCCGGCUUCUUCGGCGACCUGGUAUCGUGCAAUGUGCUCCGACAGUACGUGAGUUUUGAUGCUGUUGUUAUUUUUCUUCUCAUUGUGAUCAGAUCCUUUGCUGAAUGCGUUUCUCAAUGCCAGGGUGAUAGUGAUCUCUCUGUGUCGUGCUCUUAAGCCGAGUUAAAGAAGAUGACUUUUUUAUUUUGUUUAUGUUUGGAGAUCUUUUUUUUUUUUUCCCCCUAUCUUGUGUGAAGGCAAUGUGUACAUAGUGCAAAUAAAGACAUGUUCAAAUGUAAUGACAAAUAAACCAGAAAGGAAGGAUGACCUUUCUUAAAAGCAAA